AUGUCCACCGUUAUCCUCGGCGGGGGCAUCAUCGGCUCUUCAAUCGCGUACUACCUCACUCAGCAAAACCCUUCAGACGCCUCGAAGAUUCACAUCAUCGAGUCCAGCAAUGAACUCUUCUCGUCCGCUUCCGGAUACGCCGCCGGUUUCCUCGCAAAGGACUGGUUCGAGCCGUCGCUCCUCCCACUGGGCGAGUACUCCUUCGCGCUCCACGAGUCUCUAGCUGCUGAGCACGGCGGCGAUAAGAAAUGGGGGUACAUGAAAGGCAUGGCUUUGAGUUUGGGAAGCACGGAUGCGGCGUCAGGAGGCGCCAGGGGAGACGACUGGCUACGCUCUGGCACGAGUCGCGCCGAGACGGCGACGACGAAGCCCGUCGUGCUUGCAGAGGGGCCGGAGUGGUUGACCAAGCAAAAGGCCACAGCUAUUGAGAGGAUUAGUGAGGAGGGGAGUGUGGCGCAGGUCGACCCCCUCCGGCUCUCGCAAUUCCUCCUCGACCAAGCCCUAUCCCGCGGCGUAAACCUCCACCAACCCAGCACCGCAACAUCCAUACUCAAAGACGCCAACGGCACAAUCACCGCCGUGAAGAUCCUCAACCACGCCACAAAAUCCUUCUCAACCCUCCCCUGCACAAACCUCAUUAUCGCAGCAGGCUCCUGGACACCCCGCGUCUUCAACACGCUCUUCCCAUCCUCCUCCACAACAUUCCCCAUCUACCCGUUGGCCGGGUACUCGCUCGUCGUGCGCUCGCCACGCUACACAGCCAAGCACGAGAGCGAACUCAAGGGCGAAAGCCACGCCGUCUUCACGACACACCCGCCCUCCUGCGGCUUCAGCCCGGAGAUCUUCUCGCGCGAGGGAAGCGAGAUCUACAUUGCUGGCUUGAAUAGCCGGGAGAUUCCGGUCCCCGAGCGCGUUGAGGAUCUGAAAACGCAGUACUACGAUGAGAAGGAGAUGCGAAAACUCAAGGACGUCACCGUGCGGCUUAUGGGGAAGCUGCCCGUUGGGAAGACCGAGUCCACUGAUGAAAUUGCCAACACGGAUGAUUUGGAUAUCCUCCGCGAGGGACUCUGUCUUCGACCCGUUGCUGAGCGCGGCGUGCCCUUUGUGACGAAGGUCAAUGACUCUUCGCUUGGUGGGGCCAGAACAGCGAAGAAUGGUGGUGUGUUCGUUGCGGCGGGCCAUGGGCCCUGGGGUAUUUCGCUGGCGCUGGGCACGGGCAGUGUUGUUGCGGAUCUGGUGAGGGGGGUGAAGCCGAAGGUUGAUAUUGCGGGGUUGGGCGUUGGGGAGGGGACGAGCAAGGCGAAGUUGUGA